GCAGCUGAGCGGACGUGUUGCGGAUCAAUCGUAUGCGCGUCGCUGUCAAAUAUAUGAACCACCGCAGGAGUAGUGCAAUUUCCAUUAAGCAUAUGAGUAACUAAACAACAACGAAUUUAUCAUGGCGUUUCUGGAGUGGAGACGCUUCAAUUUUUUCGACCUGAAGAAGGAGGUUGACGCGGGGAAGAUCGCCAAAGCAUUCGGAGAUGCGCAAGUUGCGGCGGCCACCAGUGGCAACGGCAACUUGGUCAUCGGGGAUAACACGGGUGGCGUACACUUGGUGAACAGGACGUACGAGGUCACGACUUUUCGGGCUUACGAGAUCGCGCUGGUGCUGGCACAGCAAGUGCAACAUUCCACUUUUCUCUUCACUAUUGGCGAAGACGAGCCUGGUUGCAAUCCUACCAUAAAGGUUUGGAAUUUGGCUAAACUUGACAAGCAAGGCAAUCCAACCUGUGUACGAAUAAGCAGAGCCAUACCCAGUUACAGAGCAGUGCCGGCGACUGCUCUGUGUGUUCACACUAGUCUCACCUUGAUGGCCAUUGGGUUUGGAGACGGUUCUAUCAUGUUGUACAGAGGGGAUCUGACUCGGGAGAGAAAGAAUAAGAUAAAAGUUCUGAAGGACGCCAAUCUGUCGAUUACUGGCCUCGCUAUAAGAGCGACCGGCAAACAGACACAUCUGUUUGUCGCCACCCAAAACAACGUGUUUUUAUAUAAUAUUACCGUUAAGGAUAAGGAAUUUAAAUCGACUCUGGAUACCAUGGGCUGUGCUCGGAAGUGCAGCGUGCUCGCGGAAUCCAUGCCGGACAGCCAUUUUAUGAUCGGACGUAGCGACGCUAUUUAUUGUUACACGCCAGACGGUAGAGGGCCGUGUUAUGCUGUAGAGGGUCAAAAGAUAAUGCUGGAAUGGUUUAGAACGUACUUGGUGAUAGUAGCAAAGGAAGCGGCGAAUGUUCCAAGAACAACGACCACUAUAUCGUCCAAACCGAACACAAUAGAAUCGAUACCUCCGGGUGUGGACAAGCACACCAUCACCGUGCUCGACAUACAAAACAAAUUCAUCGUGUUCUCUGCGUCGAUGGUGUCUGUCCAAGCGGUUCUGUCCGAGUGGGGUGGAUUUUUCAUACUCAGCGGGGACAACAAAUUGUAUCACUUGGACGAGAAGGACCUGCAGUCUAAAUUAGCGUUGCUGUUCAAAAAGAAUUUGUACGACGUUUCUAUAAGAAUAGCUAAGAAUCAGCAAUACGACGCGGAGGGUCUCAUAGACAUUUUCCGUCAAUACGGAGACCACCUGUACUCCAAGGGAGAUCACAACGGCGCCAUAGAACAAUACAUAAAAACGAUAGGCAAGUUGGAGCCGUCUUACGUGAUAAGAAAGUUCUUGGAUUCUCAACAUAUCGACAAUUUGACGACGUAUUUGCAAGCGUUGCAUAAAAAUGGUCAGGCGACUGAGGAUCACACAACCUUGUUGUUAAACUGUUACACCAAACUCAAUCAUACUGACAAACUCAAAGAAUUCAUCAUGACAAAAGAUCGCGAGGUUGACUUUGACGUAGAAAUAGCAAUAAAAGUUUGCCGUCAAGCGUCUCCGGACGAUGCUCUGCUACUCGCGCAGAAACACAACAAACACGAGUGGUAUCUUCGUAUUCAAAUCGAAGACAAUCGGGAGUACAAAAAGGCGCUGGAAUACAUGGCAACAUUAGAAUUUGAAGAGGCGGAAGCUAAUAUGAAGAAAUAUGGAAAUAUUUUAAUAGAAAAUGUGCCAAACGAGUCAACGCAGUUUUUGAAAGCUUUGUGCACAAAUUACAAACCUUCGAAUAAGCCUCUUGUCGAUCAGGACGCGUUAAAUGGCUACACGGAACAGCAAAUUGAUAAAGCCAAUCCUGAGGAUUUUAUUCACCUGUUUUUAAAUAAUUCCGAGCGACUCGUGGAGUUCCUGGAGCACUUAGUUAAAUCGGAUACAAAAUGGAGUACGCUUGUGUACAACACAUUAGUCGAACAUUAUUUGCACGUCUGGUCGGCUCUGAACAGUGACGUUGCUAGGGUGCAAUAUGAACAAAAGAUCGUGCGGCUUCUGCAGAAUUCCGAAGCGCGUUACGACAAAGACCAAAUAUUAAUACUUUGUCAUCAGCAUAAUUUCAGAAAAGGAUUGCUCUUUCUUUACGAAGAGAACAAAUUAUAUCAGGAGAUAUUGAGGUUUCACCUGCGCGAGGGAGACAGCGAGCAAGUUCUGGCCACGUGCAAGAGGUUCGGCCAUCAAGAUCCCAAUUUGUGGGUGCAAGCUCUAUGGAGCGUGGCUAAGAACAAGGACGCGCCAACGAAACUUCUCGCUGACAUAUUGGCUUAUAUCGCUCAAGAAAGACUGUUGUCCCCUUUGAUGGUUAUCGAUGCGAUUUCCACGUCGUUGACCUGUACGUUGGGUGACGUUAGGAGUUACUUGUGUAGCGUGUUGCGAACGGAGAACGAGCAAACCCAAGCGGACGCCGAUCUAACGGAAAAAUACAGAGCCGACACUUUGAAAUUACGAGAACAAAUAGAAGCGAUAAAAAACAGCACGAUAAUCUUUCAGGGAUCGCGCUGUAGCGCGUGCCAUCAUCAAUUGGAGUUACCGUCGGUGCAUUUCAUGUGUCAACAUUCGUAUCAUCAACAUUGCUUUCAAAGUUUUUCGGAAAAUGAAAACGAGUGCCCGGCGUGCCUGCCGAACAACAAGAAACUUCUUGACAUCAUACGAGCGCAGGAGCAGUCGAGAGAUCUGCACGAGACGUUUCACAGUCUUCUCGACCGCGCGGAAGAUCCAUUUUCUUUGGUAGCCGAUUAUUUCGGCAGAGGCGUUUUCAAGAAACUGACCGUAAUCACCGAUUCGGACAAGUCGUUGCUCACGCCGACCAAGUUCGAAGAGCCCAAGUUAAAUUAUGGCCCGGGUGCGGAAGCGAGGCUCAGGUUGAACGAAGGGAAGAGUUCGAUCUCAGGAAAAGCGGAUCCUCGACGAGCUGGAUACGACGUUCCCACGUUGAUAACGGAAGAGCGUUACCGAGGUUUUGCCAAGUCGGACGUGUAUUCCUCGUCGUUGGAAGCAAACAUAACGGGGAGUGGCUUGUCGACGCCGCGAGGCAAUUCCGCGAAGGCUUCGCCGGUGCCAAUCAGAGAGGCUCGUAUUUUGAACAGCACCACGCCAAAAUCGUCACCGAUCGAAAAGCCUUUCGUCCCACCAAAGACCCCGAUCGUACCGUCGAAUCCCUUCGAAGACGAUUACGACGAAUCUAAGAAUCCUUUCGCCAACGACGAUGAUGACGACGACGCGACCAAUCCUUUUAAAGAUGAUGACAACGACGGGGCUGGCGAUGACGAUUACAAUAGAAAUCUAAAUCCGUUCGGCAGAUAAACAGACUUGCACUUUCCGCAUAUUCGAGUUCCAAGAGAGAAUGUUGUGUGUGUGUGUGUGUGUGUGUGUGUGUAAACAUGAUCGAUAAAUGAUUUUUGCGAUACGUAAACGAAAAAGACGAUAAUGUCGAGUAUAUGUUGAAAAGCAUUGCGAAGUAUAAAUUUUCUGAAAUUAUAUAAUAUAGCAUGUGUAAACUCUCUUGUAUAGUACAUAUGUAUCAAAUUUUAUAUGCUAUGUAAAUUUAAUUUUAGCACAUAAGUAUUGUAUUCUUCUUUUUACCUCUCUCUCUUUCCCCGAGAGAGAAAGAGAGAGAGUUCAAAGACUUUCGCUGUACACAUCUUAGAUAUACAUACAAUAUAUAUACAUGUUACAUGGCUUAAUAUAUGGAUCUGAUACAAAGCAAAGAAAUAUUUAUUGCGUUUUCUGCGGGUGAGAUACACACGCGAUAUCUAAAACUCUGUCAGAAUUCUCUAAAAUUUCUUCUACGAGACGAAUUCUGUGCUACGUUGCGUUUACUCAUUUAAGCAUUUAAUUAAACGUUAAGACAAAACUCAGAAAAGAAAAGUUGUACACACACACUUUUCACG